ACCAGCACGGCGACUUGACGCGGUGAGGUCAGGAGUUAGUGGCCAGGGGUUAAGGAGGCAAGGAGGGCCCACGGGUCAUGGGACACCCGGGAAGGGAGCUCAGCUCCCCGUAGAGCGACUGACUCUGGAGCACGCCCGGACGGCAGGACGCUCGACCCUACGAAUCCCAGCCGCCGCCAUCUUUGUUAGGGGCGCGCGCACUUCCUGCCGGUGGGCGAAAGCGGAGCCGCCUGUGAAACGAAGGCGCUACCGUGGUCCCGAGACCACCGCAGGGCACACACACUUCUGGAAGGCAAAAGCGGAGCGAGACCGAAUCUCCGCCAUCUUUGAUAGGGGCGCACGCACUUCCGGCCACCGGGCGGAAGCUGGGCUGGUGUCCGGGGCGAAGAGGACAACAACGUCCCAACGGAGCGAGGGGUGCGUGGCUGGUCCCUGCGCGACCCCUCGGCCGCCCCGAGGGGCCGACAUGGCGGAAGAGGGCGCCGCGGGCGCCGUGCACUUGCUCUGCCUCGCCGCCUCCAGCGGAGUCCCGCUAUUCUGCCGGAGCAGCCGAGGGGGUGCCCCCUCCAGGCAGCAGCUGCCUUUCUCUGUCAUCGGCUCCCUCAAUGGUGUGCACAUGUUUGGCCAGAACCUGGACGUGACGCUGCGCUCCGCGCGCACGGAGGACACGGCCGUCGUGUGGAAGACUUUCCACGACAGCGUCACCCUCAUCGUGCUGUGUUCGGAGCUGGGAUGUGCGGAGCUCAGACUGGAGCGGCUGCUGGAGAUGGUGUUUGGGGCCAUGGUCCUGUUGGUUGGCCUUGAAGAGUUGACCAAAAUCCGCAACGUGGAGAGGCUGAAGAAAGACCUGCGGGCCACCUAUGGCCUCAUCGACAGCCUUCUGGUAGACACGGAGUUGGCCGGGGACCUGACCCAGUGCGUGGACUGCAUCAUCCCUGCAGACGGGCUGCUGCUGCAGGACGCAUUGGCAGGCUUCGCCGAGGAGAUGGGCAGCGUCUUCGCCAGCCUGGUGGCAGGUGGCCGGGUGGUAGUGGGGACAGAAGGUUGGUGGCGUCUCGGGGCUCCUGAGGCGGUGCUACUGCCCUGGCUCGUGGGUACCCUCCCAUUCCAGGCCGCUCGAGAUUACCCCGUUUACCUGCCCCACGGGAGCCCCACGGUGCCUCACCGGUUCUUGACGCUGAUGCUGCUGCCUGGCCUAGAGCUGUGUGUGUUGUGUGGGCCUCAGCCCCCUCUGAGCCAGGUGGAGCCUCAGGUCUUGGAACGCUGGUGGCAGCCCAUGCUGGAGCCACUGAGGGCCUGCCUGGCCCUCGUACCCCGGGGGGUUCCUGCAGGCUUCCCCUUGCACUCUGACAUUCUGGGGCUCCUUCUCCUGCACCUGGAGCAGAGACGUGGUCUCUUUACAGUGGAUCUCAGUGGAGAGGAAGGUCCUUCCCCAAGUACCCGCCGGCGCCUCCUACGCUCCUUCUAUGUGCUGGUCACUGCCACCCACUUCCCCCCAGAGGAAAAGGCCGAGGAGCAGAGGUGCCCCACGGAGGUUCCACGGGCCUGCUAUGUGGUGUCUGGGACAUCUGCAGAGGGUCCACAGGGUCAACAGGACCCUGGGGCUGGGCUCAGGUUGGUAGCGGUGCAGGCAGGGCCCCGCCGCCUCCUGCUGCUGGUGAGUCCCCGGAGCCCGACACAUGCCCUGCGGGGCCUCGCCUCUCGGACCCUGCACACUCUUACACCAUUCCUCUAAGCCCCAAUAAAGUGCCCAGAGCUGCCACUGCC